AUGUUCUUGCAACGCUCCGCCAUCGCCGUCGCCCGCCGGGCCGCCGUCGCUCCCCUCGCCAGACGCACUUUCGCGACCUCCAUGAUCCGCCGCGACGCCGCCCCCAGCUCCAGCUCUACCCCCGCCAAGAACUACAAGACCCUCUCCGAGGUCAAGGCUGAGGACGACCUCCUCGGUCCCGGUGCCAAGGCCGGCGAGAUCCCCACCGAUCUCGAGCAGUCCACCGGUCUCGAGCGUCUCGAGAUUCUCGGAAAGAUGGAGGGUGUUGACAUCUUCGACAUGCGCCCCCUCGACGCUUCCCGCAAGGGAACCAUGGAGAGCCCCAUCCCCGUCCGCUCCGCCGGUGACGAGCAGUACCUCGGCUGCACCGGUGCCCCUGCCGACUCCCACGUCACCAUCUGGCUGACGAUCUCCCGCGACCGCCCCGUCGAGCGCUGCCCCGAGUGCGGCUCCGUCUACAAGAUGGAGUACGUCGGCCCCACCGAGGACCACCACCACGGCCACGACCACGGACACGGCCACGGCUACGAGGAGCCCAAGACCUUUGCCGACUUCGUCAAGCCCGAGUACCGAUACCAAUAA